AUGUCAGCUUAUGCCAGCGAUACUGCUAAUGGUACCAUUUCUGUCAAUAUAAUACCUUCAGUGUGUGAUAUUUCUGAUGAUGACUCUCUAAUCAGCUCUUCCAGCAAACACAGUCUUGUUAAUUUCUGGCCUAAAUCAGAUGACACUGACUUUCUUCUGGAUAACAAGAAACAAGCAGAAAUGUCAAAAGUUACAGCGUGGAAAAAGGAUACGGUGUUUGCACCAGGAGUACGGAUGGCUUGGGAUUCUGAGAAGCCUGUCGAUCCUUUUUCUGGGAAAGCAGAUGAUGGAGGAAAACAGGCAGGAAAUAGAAAAAGAAAAGAAUCACCUGACACACAUCUUCCCUUGAAGCCUGCUGUGGAAACAAAAGAUUCUGAUGGGAAGAAAGCAGUAAGAGUGAAGGAUGCACUGCCACCUCAACCAGAUUGGUGUUUGGCCUCCUGUUAUGAGACUGCUGAGAAAUCAGAGAAUUUGAAAUCUGAUGAUAAACAAUCACUUGCAACAUUACUAGAAUCUGACUGUGCCCAGAAGAACUUGUCCAGUGGGGACCCGGGACCAUCGAGGCCUGUGGGCCUUCUGAAAAACUGCAAGGUUGCAUUGCAAAGCAUCUUUGGUGAGCCAAUGCCCAAGAUUCACAAGGCUGCCCGUAAGGGCAACAAGGACCGGGUGCAGUUUCUCAUCACAGCAGGCCAUGUCCAUGACAGAGACAGAGAACGCAGGACUGCUCUGCAUUAUGCCAGUGCCUAUGGCCAUCCAGAAGUGGUGACUCUCUUGGUAAAGAGCAAGUGUGAUAUUAAUGCCUGUGACAGUGACUAUGACACCGCUCUGAUUAAGGCUGUAAAAUGCUACGAGGAAGGCUGUGCUAGGAUUCUCUUGGAGCAUGGUGCAAAUCUAAAUAUUGCCAAUGCCAAGGGCGACACUGCUCUGCAUCUUUCGGUAUUUCAUCCAAGGUCUUCACUAACAGCAAAACUGCUUUCGCAUGGUGCCGAUGCUGAGGCAAAAAACAAGGAAGGCCUCACACCACUUAUGCUUGCUCUAAGGGAAAACAGAAUGGACGCGGCAGCAGCAUUGUUAAAAUUUAAGACAGAAACAAAGUAUGUGGUGAAUGAGCCAGAAAGAAAAAAUUCUCAAUGUGAAAAAAAGGAAUCUUCAAAUUCUGACAAUAGCCCUGCAGUGGUUGCAAGUGAAUCUGAGACUUUUUUAACACCAGUGGUUGCAAUUAAAAUUGAGGCUCCAUCCAUGCCAGUGGUUGCCAAAAAACCCGAGAUUCCAUUCGUACCAGAUAUAACCUUACCUGGGACUCCAUCCUUGCCAGGCAAGUUCUCUACAACUUAGCUGUGUCCUUUGCACUAAGAACUUUGUUUUUUAAAUUAGGAUUAAGUUCAAAGAAAAGUUGAGAGGAAGAUCCAGACAUUUCGGGUGAUCAUGUGCCUCUCAAAGAUGGGUUCCCUCCCUUCACAGGCAGUGUGCUCCCUUCGAGUAGUACACUCCUUAUUGAUAAUGACUUACCCUGGUCCAUCGUUGCCAUCCAAAGUCUGCAAUUAACACUAAGGUUCACUGUUAGUGUUCUCCAUCUGAUGGAUCUAUUCAAAUGUGUAGUGUAUUUGCUGUUGCAUUUAU